AGUUGAACUCACUCAUUAGUAGACGAUCCCACGCAAGCCUCGUUGACCAAUUGGCCGCAACGCAGACUCGAAGUUAGACUUGGGUUAGUCCUUCCCGAUCCCCACACUAGUCAAAUAGCUGUGCAUCGUGUGUGUGCUGCACAUCCGAUUUAGGGCGACCUGCUCACGGUCUAGACCCUGUCCACUGCAGGAGGCGAGUUACAGUUGAUGCCAUUCGACCCACGUUGACGAUUGUCCAGUUCGUGGCGUAGAUUGACAAUAACUCGGUGCAAAUGGCCUUGCGGCGAUAUACCACAAUCGUAGACGGCACUAUCCCUAUUUCAGCCCUUCUCUACAACGACGAGGAGCUUCUUGCUAGCCAAGACAACGUAGGGAUCUACGAUGGUCAGCAGAAAGCUAUAGAUCACCAAUCGGGCGCCAUCCACGUAACGACACAUCGAAUUUUCUUCAUAAAUACACGGAGUCCAGCUACCCAAUCCUUUACUAUGGAUUUGUCGCACGUAAUACGAACGGACCAUUAUGCUGGUCUAUUCAAAUCAUCACCCAAAGUGACCCUAUUCCUCGAUGCCAACUCCGUAUCCAAUUCUGGAGAUGAGAACCAUGUAGAUGCGAGAUUUGAGAGCUGGGAAUGCGAGGUUUGUAGCUACCGCAACCCUCCAGGGCUCAGUCCAGCUGCGGCACAGGUCUGCGGUCUGUGCGGUGUUCCACGAAACGCGGUUCCAGCACUGACUUCUCAAACCCCGUCUGAGGCUCCAACACCUUUGAUAUCAUUUCCUACCUCGUCUACAUCACUUCCUGGUACACCAUCGAGAUCAGGCAGCCCACCUCAUGGGAACGGCGAUCCUGACUCCAUCGCAUGCAGUGCAUGCACGUUCCUCAAUCAUCCGUCUCUCCGCAUUUGUGAAAUGUGCUUCACAACGUUACCCACAGUCUCCCAACGUUUUGAAUACAAUAAGACGAAGUCUGCACCUCCAUCAAGACCGGUGUCUCCCGUGUCAACAGCAGCAGAUCCGGCCAACCUGCUCAUCAAGCUCAGUUUCAGGAAGGGCGGUGACAAAGCUUUGUACAACAUUCUGAAACGCGCACUGAAAGCACGCGUAUGGGAGGGAAGACAGAUCGGAAAGGUCUUGAGGAACGGUCAAUCCAAUAUGGGUGCGGUGUCUCCGGCAGGUUCCUCUACCCCUGCCUUCCUUCGAACCGGUAUCGGCGGGAUUAUAGAGAAUGUCAAUGCAUCCGUGAAAAACACAGAGACGGAACUUUCCGAUGCAUUCCAAGACCUAGAAGCGUUAAUGGUGAAGGCAAGGGACCUCGUGCAGCUAGCUGCCGAGUUAAACGAGAAGCUCAACGCGUCCUCUACCGUUGCAAGCACAUCCCGUUCAGCUUCCCCCCUACCGCCGUUCGUUGUACCUUCAGUGGCAUCCCAAUCAGUGCCCAAUUCAAUUUUUGCUGUCACAUCACUGGUGCCAUCUGCAGAACCGGAGGAAGCGAGGUUUAUACGGUCCUCUUUGUCACAGCUCGGUCUACAAAUGACAAAUGCACCUGUAACGCCAGACAUGAUCCGAGAUGAAAGAAGAUGGAUAGAAGAGUUGGCACGUGAACUGGCAGGAGUGCUCCAAGGCACAUCUGACGAUGUAUUGGGACAGAAACCAAGUGGCAUCAUGCGACAACGAGGAAUAGUUGGCCUUGAUGAGGUAUGGGGUGGUUGGAAUCGUGCACGGGGUGUUGCACUAAUCCCACCUUCCACGUUCUUGCAGACUAUUCAGUUUCUUCCUGACUGUACUUCUCCCCCAAUCUACAACAGAACGUUCAAAUCCGGCUUUCGGGUGUUGCAUACGCCACCUUUCACUCAUGCCUCAUUUACAGCACGCCUUCUAGGUUACUUGAUGUUAUCCGAAGUCCUAACAACUAGCCAGAUAGCACAGGAAGAGAACAUUACACUCUCCCUUGCCGCGGAGAUGAUAGAAGUUGUGGAAGUGGAUGGGGUGGUGUGUAGGGACGAUGAGCGGUCGGCAAUCAGAGGUGGUGGUGGUGGAAGUGAUUCAGAGCUUCGAUGGUCACUAAACACGUUCGCGGAGUACGUAUGGGAUGGACAGACAUUUGACUGACACUCCGAUGAUAAAAGUGUGGUAUUAUUUUUUGAUCAUCUGUGUUAUCAAAUGG